CCUUCUUUACUUCGUUCGCGCGGGAGAACCAGGCGGGGAGGGGGAGGCGAAAGCCGCGAGAAGAAGCAAAUCGGGACGGCGCGCCGCAGCUCCGUGCCGGGGAUGAGCUCGUCCACGUCCGCCCGCGACGAUGACGCGCCGGACCUCGUAUGCCAGAUCGACUGCGUCCACGGCAUGGUCGACGCGCUCUCCUCCGUCCGCUGGAAGCGCCACCAGGACGCGGUGAUGGAGCUGUCGGCGCACGGGAUCGUGCUCACCGUCGAGGAGAGCGGCUGCCUCCAGGCCAAGGUCUUCCUCAAGCGCGAGCUGUUCGUGGAGUACGAGUAUGCGGGGGAGGGGCGUGAGCGGUUCGGGCUCAGCUUGGGGCUCUUCGUCGACUGCCUCAACAUCUUUUCGACGCUGGGGCAUGCGUCCGCGGUCGAGAUCCGGUACCCUGGUCCCGACAUGCAGCUUCUCCUCAAAUCAGUGGACUCCCAAGAUGCAUGUCUGUAUGCAGAAAUCAGAACCAGAAUUCCAGAUACAAUCUCCUGGGAUUACAAUUUUGAGCAUGAGAGAAAUACUCCAGUCACCUUUACUGUUAAGUCUGCUGUCCUGAAAGAAGCGCUCGAUGACCUUGAGUGGCCAGGUUCCAGCAUUCAGAUUCGAAUGCAACCAGAUCCGCCAACAGUUGUAUUCAAAGGUGAAGGUCAUGGCGACUUGCAGGUUGAAUUCCCCUACUAUGCAAACACCGACCUUCUACUUGUGUUCCAAUGUGACCGUGAAGUGUCAUACAGGUAUAAAUACAAAUUUCUUCGAGCAACUACCUCGAAUAUCCCCAGUAGUGUCAUGAAGGAGAAUCGUAGGACUAAGGUCACAAUUGGGAGGGGAGGGAUGCUGAAAAUCCAACACCUGGUUUCACUUGCCAGGCCAGAUUCGGCCCAUAAAUACAUGGAUCAGCAAGACUAGUGAUAUCAAUAUGGGCCUGAACCACUGGUGAUCCACCUGUGAAAGUACCUGCUUCUGUUGCCGCAUGCCAUAUUUUCCAAAGUAAGCCCGUACUUUAGUGGAAGGAGUUCUGGUCUUGUCUCUGUCUUGUCAUAACCUCCCAUUGCCAUCAACGGGCCCUCAAUUAAUCUUGCUCUCUACUACAAAAGCCAGGCAGUCUUUGAAUGUCCUGUAGAGCAAUUUUAACCCAUUCUAGAACUGUGCACUAACUGUCCUCCUGGGUCCCCUUGCCAAUGCUGCCUGCAUUUGUUUUUUUUUUUUGAGAAAGCCUGCGUUUGUUUUGCCGCUCGUAUGGCAUGCUGCAUGCUCAAGUCAUUCUUGCACAGUUGCACAUCUUAACAACAAGCAUUUAACUAUGCAAAACGUGUGGACUAGAAAUUGUUAACCAUGAGAACAUGAGAAAUAAGAUUUAUGUUAACUGAAACCGCAAGGCCAAAGUCGGCAGCAUGUCUUGCUUGUAUCACUGAACAAUGGCCGCGUUUGGUAAAACAUCACGUCAAAAUUACAUAAAAAGACGAAUGUUCGCGUGGAGUACUAAAUGAAGUCUAUUUGCAAAACUUUUUCAGGGAUGGGGGUAACUUUUCGAGACGAAUCUAAUGACGAUAAUUAAUUGUUGAUUUGCUACAGUGAUGCUAUAGUAACCAUUCUCUAAUUAUGUGGUCAAAAGCCUCAAUAGAUUGGUCUCGCGAAUUUACCAGGGGUCCUGCAGGUGGUUUUGUAAUUAGACUUUAUUUAGUACUCUAAAUUAGUGGUCAAAGGAGCAAAAAGUUUUCGCGAUUUUUUUUCAGCCCAAACCAAACACGGCCAAUCUUUAUUAACCGGUAAAAGGUCAGUAGAAGGUCCAUGGAAAACGACUGCUCCUCUCUGUUGGAAUCCUGUUUGUUGUAGCUUGUUAGAGGAAAUAUGUAUCUAGUCCUUAUUACCUUAACUUGGGAACAAAGGAGAAGUGGCAGCUCCAGCAAACCAAAUUUAUCAAUGCCAGAAGUGUGAAACCCCACCUUCUGAGAGUGUAUGUCCGAUUGCGGUCUGCGCCAAUCAAUCUCCUUCGCUUUUCAGCUUGCCAGCCUCAACGCAUGCAAGGUAAAGAAAAGAAACCUUCUCCUGCCAUCUACUCUUCCUGCCAUGUGACAACCCACACUUGUUUCUUUGCACUCUGAUGCUAGAAGGUUUGCCAGUAGCUGCCUGAGGUGAGGGCUGAUUGGAUCUACAAGAUUGUUAAAGCACCAGAGGGUGUAUGCUCUUGUGCUUUCUUGUGAAACGGCCGUCCCAGUUGAGUGACCCAACGCAAAGAGAUGAAUCUUUCGGAGGGCUGCGCGGAGACGCAUGUUCCUGUUUGUUUUUUUGAGGGAGCAUGUUCCUGUUUGAGCAUUGAGUUGGAUGUAUCUUUUUUUUAGAGUAUUAAGGAGUUGGAUGUACCUAAUGGCCUUUGCCCAUUCCUGUGACCGCGAAAUGGCAUCUGAUGUCACCAAGUAUCCACCCACCCUUGAGGCGCACAUUAGGAAGGGAAGCCCCCAAUUCUGUCGAGCGAAUGAGCAUAUGAUGGGUCACUUGUUCGUGGGCGGCUUAAAUCCCAAUAAUGUGGCUUGUGACAUGCCUCCCCGUGAUUUGAACCUUUGACGUUUUUUCCCCUCUGGUUUGGAUUACUUGACGUUUUUUUUAUGAGGCAAUGUUUUCGAUUA